CACGGGGCCGUCUCUGACUCUCCGAUCACACCUAUCGUCUUCGUCUGCCAUGUUGCCGGCGAGGAGAGCCAAUCUGCAUCGCGCAGGCCACGAGGAAAAUUGACUUCUCGGUGGGGACACCGGAACUCUCGUGGUUGUGUACGAUAAUCGAUCAUGCUGGUCGGCGAUGCCGCUCUUCUUAUUCGUCGGGGUCUCGUCUGUUGUAGCUGUAGAUAUGGGUCCGACAGCUUUGAUGGAAAGAAUUUGAGCUGAUGGGCAUCGACUACCUUGACCCAUGAUCCCGUCGUGUUUCGAGAGAGCACGCUCCACCACUUCCCCAGAAAAAGCACAGAUCGGCGGUGACUUUUGGAAAAGGCAAAUCAUUUCUCUCCAAACUGGAUGGCGGUCCGUCAGCACGACGAAUCAAACCGACGGCCGCAUUCCUGUUUAUCGCGGAGAGCGGGGUCGGACUUAGCAUUGUCAUUCGUGUGAAUAUUCGGAAAAAGACUCGGGUUCUAAAGACCAAGCUUAAAUGGGAGUUUUGGUUUCUUUUCCUGCUGAUCGUGGGGUAGUAUUUAGAGUCACACCCUCCCUCAGCUACUUGCAUUUAUUCCCCAGCCUUCUCUACCCCCAUUCCCCUUUUUUCUCAUAUUUCUCUGGACUUUGCCCCUACCCUAGCAAGGUCUCUUUGGAGAACCCCACGGCAUUCGGCUUGGUUAUUGCUACCUUCAUCUUUCUCGGCUCACAAAUCUAGGCGCCGACUAGCCCCGACAGCCGUGCAGCCAUGGGUGAAUUGCACGACCACUCUGCGCACGCGCAGGCCUCGCCCGAUGUCGAGGAGCACAUGAGUGUCGGGCGAUACAUCGCGACGCGCAUCCCGACCCUCGUGCCGCCGAUGAACCCGGCUCCUAACCCAUUCAAGGCGUUGACUCUAUUAAACCGACAACAAUGGAUGUUCUUCCUGGUCGCCUUCUGCGGCUGGACGUGGGAUGCCUUCGAUUUCUUCACCGUCUCCCUGACCACUUCCCAGCUGGCCAAAACCUUUGACAAAUCCAUCACCGACAUCACCUGGGGUAUCACUCUUGUGCUGAUGCUCCGAUCCAUUGGCGCCAUCAUCUUCGGUAUUGCCUCUGAUCGCUAUGGCCGGAAAUGGCCCUUUGUCGUCAACCAGCUCCUCUUCGUCGUCAUCGAGCUAGGCUGCGGUUUCUGCCAAACCUACAAGCAGUUCCUAGGCUGCCGUGCCCUCUUCGGUAUCGCCAUGGGCGGUCUGUACGGUAACGCUGCUGCUACUGCUCUCGAGGACUGCCCGUCCGAGGCUCGUGGUAUCAUCUCUGGUUUGCUGCAACAGGGCUAUGCUUUUGGUUAUCUGCUUGCGACUGCGUUUGCGCGUGGCCUGGUCGAUACCACCCCGCAUGGAUGGCGCCCGCUGUAUUGGUUCGCGGCGUGCCCUCCCAUCUUGAUCAUUGCGUUCCGUCUGUGUCUGCCCGAGACGGAGACUUUCCGUCGUCGUCAGGAGGCGCGUGCAGAGAUGCGUGGAGGUGUUGCAGCAUCUUUCAUGUCGGAGGGUAAGGUUGCGGUCAAGCGACACUGGCUGCUGUUGAUCUACCUGGUCCUGCUCAUGGCUGGUUUCAACUUCAUGUCCCACGGCUCCCAAGAUCUCUACCCCACCAUGCUCAGCAACCAAUUCAACCUAUCCAAGAACGGCGUCACCAUCACCCAGGUCGUCGCCAACCUCGGCGCCCUCUCGGGCGGCACCCUCUGCGGCUGGGUCAGUCAAAUAUUCGGCCGCCGAUUCUCCAUCAUCGUGAUCUGCAUCGUCGGCGGCGCCCUCCUCUACCCCUACACCUUCGUCAAGAACGAAAAAGUCAUGGCUGCCGCUUUCUUCGAGCAAUUCAUGGUGCAAGGUGCCUGGGGCGUGAUCCCCAUUCACCUCAUGGAACUCUCUCCGGGCUCCAUCCGUACCUUUGUCGUUGGUACCUCGUACCAACUGGGUAACCUCGUUUCGUCCGCUAGUUCGACCAUCGAGUCUACUAUUGGUGAGCGGUUCCCGCUACCCCCUACCAAGUCCGCGCCCCACCGCUACGAGUACGGCAAGGUGAUUUGCAUUUUCAUGGGCUGUGUCUUUUUGUAUGUUAUUAUCUUGACGCUUGCUGGGCCCGAGCGUCUGGGUCGGAACUUUGAUGCCGACCAUGAUGCCGAUCUGGCCGUCGUUGCGGCUCGUCGUGGUAUGAAUCGGGACGGGUAUGAGAGUGACCCUGAGAAGGCGGCUGUCGCACAGCACGAGGGAAAGUAAGAGUGUGAUGAUUCUGAGUGGGAGAGAUGGAUGUCUCGUCCCCGGAUGAAGGAUUGGUACUACACCAGCUGCCGCCCGGAUUGCUCGGGUGUGCUUUUGCUUUAUGGAUUAUUACGCUGAGUUUUAUGAAUGACUGAGAUAUAAUGGAAUUUCUAUGAGAUAGGACGACACAAUGAUAUGGAAUGCAUUGCUAGGUUACUCUACUAAUGAAACUCCUUGCUACUCGCACAUCGAGUCGAACCCUGACUCUUUAUAUCCCCACUGCCCACGUUAUCAACGGCGAUGAAAUUAUGAUUUCGGUCGGAUCUCGAUACCAGA